AUGGUCGCAACGGGCCAUGGGCGAUACCUUCCUUAUAAGCUUCCGGGUCGGGGUGCAGCAUCGGGAAUCGGUCGAGCAGUUGCUAUUCGCCUUGCUGAGUUGGGCGCCGCUUGGCUUGCACUAAGUGAUUUGAAUCUUAAGGGCCUUGAAGAGACAAAGAGCAAAUGUGUCACAUACAACACAAAAGUGGUCCUAACACGGGUCGACGCUAGUAAAAAUGACCAGAUCGAAGACUGGAUUGCAGCAACAGUUCGCGACUUCGGCGUUUGGAUGGCGCCGCUAACGUUGCUGGCAUCGCAGAGGGUGACGGCAAAACAACCUAAAACAGAAGAUUGGGACAAAAUGCUCGACGUGAAUAUCAGGGGAGUCAUGUUCUGUAUGCGAGCUCAGCUUCCCCAUCUGCCCCGUCCCGGCGGUGCGAUUGUCAAUGUUUCGAGCACCUCUGGCCUCCGCGGUCUCCCACAUAAUGCUGCAUACGCGACCAGCAAAUUUGGCGUGAUAGGGCUGACAGAGUCUGCCGCUGGAGAGUUUGGUCAAUAUGGUACUCGCGUGAAUGCGUUGCUCCCUGGUCCAAUAGACAUUCCCAUAUUCCGCGACGGUGAAGCCAAGGGUCUUUUCAGUUCAGAAAUGACUAGCCAAGCCACAUGCCUGGGUCGUAUGGGAAAUCCGGAUGAAAUUGCUAAGGUGCUUUGUUUCCUUCUCACCGAUGAUGCUUCUUAUGUAACUGGAGCACACUGGACUGUUGAUGGAGGAUACAGUGCAUGCUAA